AAAAUCCUCUCCUUCCGUUACGUUACUCACCACCAGGCCCAUUAAAACGUCAGAUAAAAUGACUUUCGACGUGGAUUCAUAAACCACCACGAAGCUUCCAAAUCAUACGCUCCUCAUAUCAUCCGCCAACAUUCUAGGAAUCAUCAAAACCAAACCUCCCCCACACCAUAACACAAAACACCGUUUCCCUUCUUUCCCAUUCUGUUAUACUUAUGGCCACGGUGGCGCGUGUAAUUCGCUGUGAACUACUGUCCACUAAGCCUGGAGCGAACACUAGGAGGGAACAGGGUGGUCAGGUUCAGGUUCAGAGAGUGAAAGUGGGUGAACCCGAGAAUGGAAAGAUAGUGUUGCAGCCGAGGUUAUGUACGUUAAGGUCGUACGGUUCGGAUCGAGUCGGGGUGAUGAAGACCAGAAGGGAAGAAAACGAUGACGUUUCACCCUUUUUCGAGACUUUAUCGGAGUAUAUUGAAAGUACCAAGAAAAGUCAAGAUUUCGAGAUCAUCUCCGGCCGUCUCGCCAUGAUUGUGUUUGCAGCGACAGUGACAACAGAGUUCGUGACGGGAACCUCCAUAUUUAGGAAGAUGGAUUUGCAAGGGAUUGCUGAAGCUGUGGGUGCGUGCUUAGGCGCAAUGACUUGUGCUGCGGCUUUUGCUUGGUUAUCGAGUGCUCGGAACAAAGUGGGUCGGAUCUUCACCGUCGGUUGCAACUCGUUUAUUGAUUCGGUGAUCGACCAAAUCGUGGAUGGAUUGUUCUAUGAAACUGAUGGUACUAGUGACUGGUCUGAUGAUAUUUGAAAGUAGGGAAUGAUAAAUUAUGUUGAUGUUUAUACUUUAUAUAUAGAUAGGAUGAUCUCCCUUUGAGAGAAAUGAUAAUAAGUGGAGCUACAUGACAAGGAAAGUUACAGAUGGAGUGAUUAGGUUUUGUUGCAGCAAAUUUUAUUGAAUCAGAAGGCAUAUAUGUAUACGAAAGGGGAAUGGAGUUGAUAGCGUCUGCCUAUCUCAUGUGAGAUUAUAGAUGUUAACUUGUAGAAAAAUUACGACUUCUAUAUAGUAAUAAACUCUGUAUGCUUAUAUAAUCA